AUGGAUGUUACCUUCUCUAAAGAUGAAUUAUUUUUUCUUCCCAGCCUUACUCCUCAGGAGGAGGCAACCUUAAGUGAAGACUAUGGCUGGUUUGAUGUACCUGUCGGCCCAAAUAAUGAGUGUGUUGAAGAUGAACCUGUCAGCCUAAACAAUGGGCAUGUUGAAGAUGUAUUUGCUGGCCCAAAUCAUGGGCAUGGGCGUGCUAAAAUCCAAAACAAAGGAGUACAUAAUGACUGCCUAGAUGGGCAUGUACAUGUUGAGCCAUGUGGGCCUGUUAAUGAUGGUGUGACUGAGAUGGUUGUUGGUAGGCCAGAUGAUAAUAAGACAGCGGCAGAUGGGCCGUCUGAUGCUACAAGCCCACGUAGGCGGCCUUUUUCUGCAGAGCUUUCUCCUGCUGGUUCCACGGGCCCAUAUGGGCCCCUUGUCACUACCAUUUGCCCAAAUGUCGUUGCGAUCUGCCUAAAUGGGCUUGCUGCUGCAUGCCCGAGUGUCAUCCCAAGAGACAACCGCUCUCACACUCCUCCAGUACCCACCCAUGAUCCACCGGAUAACCUCGAGGUAAGUACUCACUCAGAAAUUAUUAAACCACCUUAUAUGUUACCUCUCAGACAGAAUCGAGGAAAGCCGCCGGACAGGUACAAUGUGAGACUAGUGGCCAAAGGGUACACACAAACCUUCGGUGUUGACUAUCAGGAAACUUUUGCUCCGGUUGCAAAAAUGAAUACCAUUAGAGUGUUGUUGUCUCUUACUGCUAAUUUUGAUUGGCCUCUAAGACAAUUUGACAUAAAGAAUGCAUUUUUGCAUGGGGAUUUAGAGGAAGAGGUCUAUAAGGAUUUUCCACUAGGAUAUGGCAUUACAAACUCCAGUGGAAAAGUGUGUAGACUCCGGAAGGCAUUGUAUGGUCUCAAGCAGUCGCCUAGAGCAUGGUUUGGGAGAUUCACUCAGGCUAUGAAAAAGUGCAGAUACCGACAAGGGAACUCAGAUCAUACUUUGUUCAUCAAACACAAGGAUGGUAAAGUUACUUUACUCAUUAUAUAUGUCGAUGAUAUGAUUGUCACAGGUGAUGAUACAAAGGAAAUUGAAAGGAUAUAG